CAUGGUAGUAAAUAUCAACAACAGUAAAUCAGCAGGGUAUGUCAACACUAGUAACGCAGGGAUCCUGAAGAUCGGACUUUGGCACUAUGGUUGGAACGUAGCUUUGUGCAUGUGUGGAACAGGUAAAGGUGAGUGUUAAAGAAAGUUGAAGAUGUCCUCUACUACCAGCCCACCCAGCUUCACUCAGCUCAAUGACCUGGCCUGUGCAAAGGCAGGUGGCAUGGUUUUGUUUGCUACAGAUGACUGGUUUGCUGUGGCUGAUAAUCUUAUCAAGGGCGACCCACCCCAAUGGAAAGAGGGAGUGUUCACAGAGUACGGCAAGUGGAUGGAUGGAUGGGAGUCACGCAGGAAGAGGCUGGUGGGCCAUGAUUGGUGCAUUGUCCAGCUGGGUGUGUCAGGGGUCAUCAGCGGAGUGGAGGUGGACACGAGUUACUUCACGGGAAACUACGCACCGCGCUUCUCCCUACAGGCCGCGUGCUUACCAGAUGGUACCACAUUCCCAACCAGACAGUCCAAAAUGGGCACUGCUGCCUCCCCACAGCAGAUAACUGCUAUGGAGAAGAUGAAAACUGAGAAAUGGACAGAGUUAGUUCCCAUGACGCCCCUGAGACCAGGCUAUCCUGACACAUGUAAGAACUACUUCCCCAUCUCCAGCACACAGAGAUGGACUCAUGUCAGACUCAACAUGUACCCAGAUGGUGGUAUUGCCAGACUGCGUGUAUAUGGCAUUGGCAGUAAAGACUGGUCUACAGUGAAAAACAGUGAACUGGUAGAUCUGGUUGCCAUGGAGAACGGAGGGGUGUGUCUGGGGUUCAGCAACGCCCACUACGGACAUCCCAGGAACGCCAUUGGGCUGGGGAGGGCCGAGAACAUGGGUGACGGCUGGGAGACUGCACGCAGGUUGGACAGGCCUCCCGUACUACAAGCUGACAAGAGUGGUGUUCUGAUGGUGCCAGGUUGUGAGUGGGCUGUUUACAGACUCGGACAUCCUGGAGUCAUUCUGAAGAUUGAAAUUGACACCAAUCACUUCAAGGGAAAUUACCCAGACUCCUGCAGAAUUGAAGCCUGUGCACUGUCCCCUAAAGAAGAAGAGGCUGUGUUUGGGACAGACAGUGCUGCCACUGGGAAAUGGAAAACCUUGCUUGGACCAACAAAGUUGUCUGCACACCGGCGUCGGUUCCUGAGUGGAGGCCAGGUCCAGCCUGUGGGAGCGGUCAGUCACGUCCGCCUGACCAUGGCGCCGGAUGGCGGGAUCAGCAGGAUGAGACUGUGGGGGUUCCCUCGAGCUCUGAACCCUGCCAAACUGUAGCUGGUACAGUCAAACCCUGUCAAACUGUAGCUGGUACAGUCAAACCCUAUCAAACUGUAGCUGGUACAGUCAAACCCUACCAAACUGUAGCUGGUACAGUCAAACCCUACCAAACUGUAGCUGGUACAGUCAAACCCUAUCAAACUGUAGCUGGUACAGUCAAACCCUGCCAAACUGUAGCUGGUAUAGUCAAACCCUAUCAAACUGUAGCUGGUACAGUCAAACCCUAUCAAACUGUAGCUGGUACAGUCAAACCAAGCCAACCAUCUUCUGUUAUGAGACACAUCAAAACACUCCCAUUCAUGACGGGCCAACCGUCUUACCCAAUCAGCAAUCACUUUGGCAGUCCCUGGGAGCAUUUGUAUCUUUAUCAAUAAACAUUUCAGGUGCCAACCCGGUCUGCCUUUGGUUUCAUUUGAACAUCAGACUAAAAAGAAUGUUCUGAUCAGUGUUCUAGCCAGCCACUAGUUUUUUCCGUCCCCUGGAUUUUGAAUGGAAAUCCUGUGGAAUUCACAACAAUCCUAUAGCUAGGGGGGUCUGGGGGUAUGCUCCUCAUUAAAAUCUUGUUCAGUCAAAAAUUUGGGUGAGUCCACUUUUCGUGUUGGAUAUUACAGUUUAACUAUUCAAUAAUAAUCUUGAAAUCUAGUCUCUCUGAAAUGCUAUUUCCUUUAUUUUGAGGGGCAAAUUUGCUGGUAGACUUAGUUAAAUUAAUAUCUUUAUAUGCCGAUUUUUGUCUGUCCCAGCAUCAAAAUUCCAUCAAAGGACAGAUGCUGUCUAGAACCGUUGAUACACAGUGUAUAUCUUCACAACAAGAAUGCCAUCGUUAAGAUAGAAGUGGCUGAUGAAAAGUUAGGAUGUGUGUAUCUUUUUUUGUCUCAUGUCAUAUGAUGAAAGUGAUUUAAGGUCCGUCCAAUAGGAGUACAGGAUUCUCUGUCACCAUGGAAACCAGUCAUCACAAUGGCUUGAUCCUGUGCUGAUUUAUUGUGGGGC